GAGGGGCCGCCAAUGAUGGCGGGGAGAUUCAGUUCUAUGGAGAAUUUGUUUCUAGUAAAAUCAUUCCGUCUAUUUGUUGUUCUGGAGGAUUUGUUAACAGAAAAAUAGUAUGGACAAGCAGGAUUAGGCAGUUGGUGUUAACAGACGUCAAGGAGUGUGGUACAGAAAUGAUCAGCCUCUCGGUUUAAACUCACAUGAUGGAUGUGAUGGAUUUGGACCUACAGGUGAGAGACAUGGAAGCUCUGAGAAAUUCUAAUAACACAAUUCCAGCGCUGCAAAAUAAUAAUUCUGAUCCAAUAACUGUUACAAUGGAGGAAGAGGAGAACCUACGUCAUCAUUCUCUUCAGUCUAUUGUGGAACAUGGCCUGCAUAACAAUUUGUCAGAAAAUACAGGAACAAAUAGGCUUCUUUUGCGACCCAGCCAAACCACGCGUACUUUCAGUAGGUCAAGAAGGCUGCUGACACAGAGAAGAACAAGACAAAAUUCCAGCCUGGAGAGCUUUUUCCUUCCAGUUCAGAGUCAGGCAGUAGAGCUUCCAUCUUCUGGCUCCCUUUUACACAUAAUGGUGAAUACAGCAACUGUUAGUGUUACUGACCCUGGAUCUGGCAAUACAACAGAGCACAGUGACUCCGAUAUGAGCAUGAUUGAUGCAGAAGAGGCUGUAGAGCAAGCACAUGAAACUGCUCCCAUGGUUCAACAAAGUGCAGAUGGUGCUUUGCCAGCAGAAAGUAACUUUCACUCAGAAGCCGUGGAUAGGGAAGAGGAGGCAAUAAUGCCACAGGUUGUGGAGGCAAAGUCUCCUUCAAAAAAAUUACCUGAACCAAGCACUAUUGCAUCUUCUACUAAUGAUCUUGAAGAGGAAGAGGGAGACACCUGUACGAUAUGUUUUGAACCAUGGACAAAUGCAGGUGACCACCGGCUCUCAGCUCUACGUUGUGGACAUCUUUUUGGCUUCAAUUGCAUUGACCGUUGGCUUCGGGGUCAAGGUGGAAAGUGUCCACAGUGCAAUAAGAAGGCAAAACGUUCAGAUGUUGUGCUUUUGUAUGCUCGUUCCCUGAAGGCCCUUGACACCAGUGAUCAGGAAAAAAUGAAAAGUACUCUUCAGCAUGAGCAGACCCUACGGAGAAAGGCAGAGUUAGAAUCUGCACAGUGCCGUUUACAGCUCCAAGUCUUAACGGAUGAAUGUGGAAGAUUGCGCAAGGAGUUACAGGAAUUAAAGACAUUGAUGUCGCAACAAGGAGGCAGCACUUCCCAUUCAUCAGGAUCUGUUCCUGGCUGUAGCCUCUCACAUAGUUCUAGCCAAGCCCAAGGAAGACGUUAUAACUUUUCUAAAGCUGUGUUAGUGUCUCAGACUGGUAACUGUCGGGUUUUGGCCUACUGUGAACCCUUGAGCUGUCUUUUGGCAUCUCAGCCGUCCCCACAAGCAACACUUAUACCAGGAUGCGGUGUUAAGAAGAUAAGUGCUGUCAAUAUGAAGUCUUGCCAGUAUGUGCCUAUCCACACAAAGCAGAUUCGUGGUUUAUCUUUCAAUAAUCAAAUGGACAGCUUAAUGCUCUCUGCAGCAUUGGACAACACUAUCAAGUUGACCAGUCUUCUCACCAAUACAGUGGUGCAGACCUAUAACACUGGACGUCCAGUUUGGAGCUGCUGCUGGUGCCUUGAUGAUCCCAAUUAUGUCUAUGCUGGUCUGAGUAAUGGUGCCAUCUUGGUAUAUGACACUCGAGACACCAGUACAUAUGUCCAUGAGUUGACAUCCCUUGGGUCCAGAUGUCCUGUGGUUUCCCUGUCUUAUUUACCCCGUGCUGCGUCUGCUGCAUUCCCUUAUGGUGGUCUAAUAGCUGGCACCCUGGAAGGGGGAUGCUUCUGGGAAAUGAAAGGUGGAAUAUCUUACAGACCACACCAUCUUCCUUUGGAGCCGGGUGGCUGCACAGACAUACAGGUUGAUGCAAGUAGUCGGCACUGCCUUGUGACUUACAGGCCAGGUAAGUCAAGUCCCAACUUACGAUGUGUGUUAAUGGAGCUUAACCGAGUAGUACAGCAAGAUUCCCUUGAUGACCCUGCGUGUACAUGCUACCCCAUUCAAACAUUCAAUGCUGGCUCUUGUUGUAAGCUGCUGACCAAGAAUGCCCUCUUUGAAAGCCCCGCGAAAGAUGGCAGUAUGUUGGUGUGUGCAGGAGAUGAAGCAUCAAACUCGGCAAUGGUGUGGGAUGCUGGCAGUGGAACUUUGCUUCAAAAGCUGCAAGCUGAUCAACCCGUAUUGGAUAUUUGCCCAAUGGAAAUAAAUCAGACUCAUUUUUUAGCUGCUUUAACUGAGAAAAUGGUGAAGGUGUACAAAUGGGAGUGACGGGUGGCGAGAGGACUACUUCACAAUGUUACCUGAUCUCCAUGGUUUAGUGUGGCUGAGAAGACAAUAACCACAUGUGCUUUCUCUAAAACCCUAUUUCCCAAGGAUGUUUCUCCCUUGAAAAUGUUGUUUAAAUGCAGCAAUACAUCUUAGUAAACCGCCUCAUUCCCAAAAUAUCAUUUUAGUAAUCCGGUUUACUCUGCAUUUCUCUCAGGUUAGGUUCUUCUGUCUGGUUUGUUGUUAACUGAAUUAAGUAAACUAUUUUGUCGGCAUGUGAAAUGCUUAGGAAGAAUAAAAUUGUUUUCUUUCCAAAAAGAAAAAAAAAAAACUGCUGGAUUUUUAAACAAAAAAAAAAGUUUCAAAAUGUUUUCAAAUGUUUGCUCUCAACAAGUUUUUGCCAUUUUAACAUUCAUUACAGAGAGUAUAGAUAUAAUAUAUACAUUUAUAUUAGUGGUGGCUUCUGUAAUUUUCCCAGCUAUGACAGAACAAGUCUAUAAAGUACAGAAAAUAAGGAUACUCGGGGAGGCCCAGGGUGCUCUUGUGUGCUUUCCGUUUGCACUUCUCUUCCUGACGUGUUGUCUGUCUGCCUGUCUGUCUGUCUGUCUGUCUCUCUCUCUCUGCCGCAGGGGACGCAAGCACUCAGUGCAGCCAAGGUGUGUCCAGGAAGGGUCAGCUUUUCUUUUUUGCUCUGUCACAGCUGCUAUUCUGUUUUUUUCUUAAUAAAAAAAAGGUUUAUUCUUGGUUUUUCCUUUUAGUUUCAAAAUGCUGUAAUUACGUUUCUAGUUGCAAUAAAUAAUGAAAAAUGUUUUUAAUUCCUUCAAUUGUUUGAAGUCCUAUAAAUAAAGUACAGAUAUAUAAAUAAUGUACAGUGAAUUCACUCGUGUUCCAUAUGUU